GCGGCUAUUGUUGUAAACAGGGUUCUUCUGAAUUUUCCUUUGUAUGACUCUUGACCUUCACUUUUCCAUUGUAUAGUGCUGUCUUCUAUUUAGUUACAGUAGUGGGCUAUAUCAAAUCAGCAUGGAGAGUAGGCAUUCUCUUUAUUGAAAGCUACAAUCUUCCUGCCUAAAAUUUUCAACAUAUUCUUUUAUUUAUAGAGUGGUCUUUUGCAAAAUGAGAAGGUAAGAGAUGUACACAGCUCAGUAACACCAUGUCAACAUUGUCCCCACCACCUUCCUCAGUCAGUAAACAAACAAACAACAACAACAACAACAAAACGGUGCAAAUCUGUGCAAAAGCACAGGUGCAAAUUUGUACUGACGGAUUUGCCAUUCACACAGCUCCCCUGUUAAACCCCCAAAGCCUCUGGCUGCUCAAAUUACUUUAUAUGUUACAUAUGUGGUAUUUAUAGUUACAGUAUCCUCAGCAUGACAGGUACAGAGUGGCAGUAUCUCUGCUCAAUAUGAAGACUACUUGGGAGUGCCACAGUGGGUAUAAGAUAAUUAGUCUUUAAAUAUGUAUAAAGAUGUAGAGACAGUUAAGAUUUACACAUUAGGAAGCUUUUUAUUCUUCAUGUUUUACAAAAUAAUAUGAAUAAAAUAACUCCCUGUUACUGUGGAUGAUGUUACUUCAGUGUUUGAUUGUAAUCACUCAUAGUAAAAUGCGUUUAGUUCAUAUUUUAGUCCAUUAAAUUACUCUUUAUCACUAUGGAACAAUUGUCCCAAAUCAUCUGUAGGAGACAUGAACUUUGCUUUAAAUAGGUGAUUCAUCACAGUGAGAAUUUAUUUGCCUUUUUGUCUAUAAUUUACAUCAAUAUCGGACACUUGUGGGUACCGUUUUUACAAUGUUUUCUUAUUGAUUAUCCUCUCUCCUGCCUUUUAAUGUUUUUGACGGCUCUAAAAAAUUUCUUGACCCUCCUUGAAUCUACCAUCAUGGAGAAUUGUUCUAAAAGCUUCAAAACGUUAAGCCACUUGACAAUAAUGUGACCUUGCGGGGGAAGAAAGGCAAUGGAGGGAUAAUCUGUCUCAAGCAGGCAUCCAGUCUGAGCAUAGCAUGUUGAUAUGAAUGGCAGCCAAUAUGGUAUUUUUUGGAAGGUUGUCAGAAUGAAUUGUAUUUUAAUUGUCUAAAUCAUACAAGAGCAGUUGUUUGGUGCUUUAGAAAAACGACUACAAGUCAAAUUUGGCUCCAACGAAAAACAGCUGACUUUGUGGAAAGACUGAUUGGUGAGGUAAUGAUGGGGUUUGAUGGAUUAAAAUGCAGAUUUUUUUUUUUUUUUUUUUUUUUUCCCUGUACGUCCCUGAAUAUGUCUUAACAUUAAUCGGAGAACGCACCGUGAGACUUCGAUCCUUCUUUCUCUGCUCCCAACAGACGAGAACUUCACUCUCAAACACGACAGAGCCUUCCUGUUGUCGAUGGCCAAUCGCGGGAAGGACACCAACGGUUCACAGUUUUUCAUAAACUCUAGCAUCCUGCCCUUCCAAGCACAACCAAGAUGGCACCGCAUCUUGAUGGAGUCCACGUCGUCUUUGGCCUUGUCAUCUCUGGCUUCGAAGUGAUAAAGAAGAUCGAGGGGCUGAAGACAGAUUCAGCCAGUAGACCCUACGCUGAUGUGAGAGUGGUGGACUGUGGUCAGCUGAUCACCAAGUCUGCAAAUGAUGUACUUCAAGGCAAGAGGAAAAGAACUUCCCAUUCUGCCGACUCAUCCCUCAACUCCCGUAACUCGUCCUCUCAGUUCUCGUCUUCAGUGGAAUCUGAAAGUGAACCUGACGAAAAGCACAAACACCGCAAGCACAAGAAACAUGCAAAGGGGAAACGGUCAAAGAAGAAAAGAAGGGAAUCAAAGAAGGAGAAGAACAUUGAUGUUCUGCCUCUCCAGCAGAGCUCUGUGGAAAGACAGAUGCUGGAGGGAGAGAAUGAAGUGGAAGGAGAGAAGGACCACGGUGGGAAGAGAGAGAAGCCCGUAGUCCGACCGGAGGAAAUCCCGCCGGUGCCAGAGAACCGCUUCCUGUUGCGCCGGGACAUGCCAUCUCAGGAGGAUAAAACAGAGAUAGUUGAGAAAGAAGAAUUGUCGGUUUCAGCUGACCAGAAACCAGCAGUGUCUAAGUCUGGACGCAAGAUCAAAGGCAGAGGAACAAUGAGAUAUCACACUCCCACAAGAUCUAAAUCACGUUCUGCAUCUGUGGAAGAACGGGGCAGCAGUGAAACUCCACCUCACUGGAAAGAAGAGAUGAAGAGAACCAAAGUUUAUCAACCGCCAAGCAUGGAGAGAUGGAGCAAAGGAGACAAAUUGAAUGACCAUUCCUCAAGCAGAUGGGAUGACAGAAGCGACUCCGCGUGGUCCCGAUCUGCAGAUCACUCUUCAGACCGCAGCUCGGAGAGGUCCAGCCUGCGCCGGCAGCAGAAGAAAGAGAAGAAGAAAGCCAAACACAAGAAGAAGGCCAAAAAACAGAAACACAGCAAGAAAAAGAGCUCCAAAAACAAACCUCAAGAGACUUACCUGUCGGAGGGUGAGAAGUCAGCGUCUUCAGGAAGAAAGUCCCGACGGUCCCGCUCUCCGUCUCGUUCCUCCUCAAGUCAGCGCCAUUCAUCGGCUCGGAGGAGGCGGUCCUCGCUGUCUUUCAGAGACUCACGAUCCUACUCUAGAUCCUACACAUCAAGUCGAUCCAGAUCUCGAGGGAGGUUUUAUUCAAGGUCUCGAAGCCUGACUAGAUCUAGAAGCCGGUCCCUGUCCAGAUCUUCGUCCUAUUCUAGAUCCAGGUCAAGAUCAAGAUCCAGGUACAGAUCCAGGUCUGUGUCUCCAUCCAGAAAGAGGAGUUCAUCUAGAUCCCCAAGAAAGAGGAAAGCCAGCAAGACCAAACCAGUUACUGUGAUCCAUUUGACUGACAAGCUUCCUGAGAGCAAAGUCACACCCGUCCCCAGACUCCCUGCUGUCCCCGCUCCAGAAAAUGUCCCUGUGAUCCCACUGAGCGACAGUCCUCCUCCCUCACGCUGGAAGCCUGGUCAAAAGCCCUGGAAGCCCUCCUACAUCCAUAUUCAGGAAAUUAAAGCUAAAGUAGCUCACACUGUUCUCUCCUCCACAGGACAAGCGGUUGACAGGGUUACGGAGAAAGCUCAGACUUCAGUUACGACAAAGUCUCUGCCUGGAGACUCCGAAAGCGACAAAGCAAACAAGCCUGCAAGGCGCUCACGCAGCAGGUCCUCCAGGAGCAAGUCGUACAGCCGAUCAUACAGUCGCUCACGGAGUAGAAGUUACAGUAGGUCCAGGUCCAGAUCCCCUCAUCAGUAUCACAGCAGUUCAUCCUCCUACAGCAGGUCAGACUCCGAAAACUCCCAGAAAACAAGCAGCAACAAAAAGAACUCACUAGACAAAGAAUGGAAAGAGUAUUACACCUCUCUGAGGAGGAUAAAAAAUUUAGAUAAGUACAUAUCACUCGGCGGUAGUCAAGAUGCUCAUUCAGGAUCGGAGAACAAGACGGGUAUUGAGCAUAGUCCUGGUAUCAUUGUCUCAAGGAGAAGUGACUCUUCGGAGAAAAUAAAAGAGAAAGGCAGCUCACAAGAUCAAGAGACAAAACAUUUCAGCUCAGUGCCAGUGGAGAGCUUCAAUAGCAGGUCUGAGUGGGAUAGUGACAGCGAUAAAGUGAGCCAAAGCAACAGCAAUGUCCCAUCAAAAAAGCAGAAACAAACAGCUCUCUCCAGCGAGUCUCAUGAUAAGAAGUUGUCGGCUCUGACUGGGUGGAAUUCAGAAAGCGAUUCUGAAAAUAUGACAGCGAGGACGUUAGCCAUAUCUGAAAAAGAGGAAGGGGAGGCCAGUUCAGAAUCAGACUGCGAGACUUCCAGAAAGGCGUCGGAGGCAGCGACCGAUUUAGCGCACAAGAUCACCGUUCCUGCUGCUGUGUCUAGUCCUUCAGAGAGAAAUCUGGAGAAAGCCACAGAGCCAGAGAAGCACAAGAGCAAAAAGAAAGCCAAACGCAAACACAAGCAUAAGAGGAGAAGUGUGAACAAAACUGGCUCCCAUCACAGUAAGGACAAACGUAAGAGAUCUAAGAGGAAACAUCAGAAGCUGAAAGAGACUUUUCACUGGCAACCACCUUUGGAGUUUGGAGAUGAGGAAGAUGAAGAUGAAUCCAAAAAGGAGAAACACAGUCCCGGCAAAGUUGGCAAAGAAAGGCCUGGUGUCGGCAGUACGAAUGAUGUUGCCUCUUUGAACAAAUACCCUAGUAGAGAAGAAGAGAGGGGGCAACAGAGAGCAAGAGAAUGUAUUAAUAAAAACCCCAAACAAGCUGAAGCUCAUCAGUCAUCCAACAGGAAUGCUAAUAAAGCUAAUCUACCCAGUGUCAAAGAACAGGAGUCAUUGGAUGACAUGGACAUUUGUACGCCAGAGCAUGACGCUGAAAUUGAAGAGUCUUCAGUUACACAUGAUUCUUUUUCUAACACCUCUGAAUUAACCCUGAAAUCUACCUCAAAGUCUUCUGAUAUGGGAAGGAAAGAUAAUGAUUUACCUCACAGCAAAGGACAGCCUGCUGUUACCUCCACGACAACUGCUGGACUGGAAGAUGAAGCAGCCGGUGGCAAACCUACCGGCGCUGUAAUUACUUUUAAAUGGAGGCCUUUGAAAGGAAUGUCGGCUACACAAAAUGUGAACAUGCCACCCGUCGCUGUGAAAAACGUCCAAAUUCAAGAGAACCAGAACUCCAACACACAAGGAGUAAGAAUGGAGAUAAAAAGUAAAAGCCGGGUCAGACCGGGAUCCCUGUUCGACGAGGUACGCAAGACCGCGCGGCUCAACCAAAGGCCGAGGAACCAGGAGAGCUCCAGUGAGGAAAAAUCCCCUUCUGUGGGAAAGACCAAGGGAACGUCUCGCACACGUUCCCCGAAGAAGUCCAGGUCUGUGUCUAGGAAGUCUCGCUCCGUUUCCAGUCACCGGUCUCGCUCCAGAGGGUGGUCGCACUCCUACAGCAGGUCCAGGAGUAGAUCCCGCAGCUCCAGCUACUCUUCCAGGAGUCGGAGCAGGAGUCGGAGGAGACGUGGAAGAGGACGGUCACGCUCCCGCAGCAGUACAUACCGAAGUUACAGGAGUCACAGUCGGACCUACAGUAGAAGUCAUUCCAGAAGUCGCUCGUAUAAUCGCCGUCGGAGAUCCAGGUCAGACUCCUAUGACAGCUAUUCCAGCCGGAGUCGCAGUGUGAGCAGGAGACGAGGGCGCAGACGAAGUGACAGCUACAGGAGCUCAGACCGCCGAUCCCGGUCGUACCGCUCCUCCAGUCGCAGUUCUUCCCGGCGCAGAAGCCACAGUCGCAGCAGUCGGUACAGCUGAGCCUCAGGCAGGUUGUUGGGUUCAAAGUCUGGACACUGUGCACAAACGAUGGCAAUCACAGACCAGCAACUAAAGCUCCAAGAGGAAGAGUUACUAGUUUAAUAUAUACACUGUAGUGUAUAUCCUCCCUACAUAAGCUGAUAUGACGGUCUUUGAAGAAGUGAAUGUGAUUGAAUGUAAAUAAAUAAACCACUUUACAAGCUAAGGCUGCAGAUCUUUGUCUUUAGGGACUGUCACAGCUGAGAACAAAACAAAAAAAAAAUGGCCACUCACAAACAGAUUUUUUGUUUGUGAAAUAUAUGGCUUGUCAUCAAUAAUAUGAGAAAUAAGCUGUACAUAUUUUAUAUUAUUGUAUAUUUGUGUAUUUCUUUUCUACUUCUGAUUUUUAUACACUGAAGUGUGAAAAUAUAUUGUAAGUGUCUAACCUUUUCAGCUGUGAUGUGUCUGAGGGGUUGGUGGUUAUGCGUUGAGGUUAUGCCUCAAGUUCAGGGUCAGUAAGACUGGAUUGUUUUUCUCUGAAAAAAUCCUCAUUAAAUGGAAAACAUUUUUUGUACCAGUUUUGAGCUGUAAUUUCUCCUUGUUCCAAUUGUUUUAUUAAUAUACUAUGAAUGUUCAAACUUGAGUAUGUUUGACUUUGGUUUUAUUCAAAUGGUUAUGAAUGUUUCCGAUUAAUAAAUCCCACUGCAUCCUGUGA